GUCGGUGUGACCGUGAAAGUGUCCGCCGGAAAGGGAAGUGGAGAACGGCGUGCGAUUCCCCGCGAUAAGGAUCUCUGUUGCGAUAGGAAGCGAAGGAUCGCGAAGGAAUGGCUACGCCGCCGGACUCGCCAGGACCGGAAGAGGCACUUUUCGACUUCGAGAGCUCGAGGACGAGGCAACAGACCACCAGGCCGGUCGCUCUCGAGGAACUGCUACGACAAACAAAAUUUUCCAGACAGGAAAUCCGGGUUAUGUACCGAGGUUUCAAGCAGGAAUGUCCGGAGGGUGUGGUGCACGAGGACUCCUUCAAGGACAUCUAUGCAAAGUUCUUCCCCCAUGGCAACUCCAGCCUCUACGCCCAUUACGUGUUCAAGGCCUUCGACGUGAACUGCAACGGUGCCAUCAGCUUCAGGGAUCUUCUGGUUACCUUGUCCACGCUGCUGCGGGGUAGCAUCUACGAGAAGCUACGAUGGACAUUCAAGCUGUACGACAUAAACGGAGACGGUUGCAUCACAAGGGGCGAGCUGGGGGAGGUUGUGACGGCGGUACACGAGCUUAUGGGCAGGCGACAUCACGCGGAGGAGGAGAGAAAGGCAAGGGAACAGCUGGAUAGGGUGUUCAAGAAACUCGACCUGAACCAGGACGGUGUAAUAACGAUCGAGGAAUUUAUCGAGAGCUGUUUGAAGGACGACGUGAUCACACGAUCGUUGGCCAUGUUCGAUUGCGCGCUUUGAUCUCCGGCCAAGGAAGAGCCGCCGGCAGUGACCACGACGCCGCCCACACCGCUCUCCGUUACGACGACGACGACCUUCUCGCAGUCCCAGUCGCCUUCGCCACCGCCACCGUCCUACUCUCU